CUGUCUUUCUUCACGUUGUUGAAUACCAUGUGGCGCGGGUUGUUUCGUUCUUGCAAGUUCUGUUUUAUGCACAUCUCCAGUACCAGAAGUGGAUUUAGGUUGUUCCAUGUCCUAUCUGUUUUAUCAGUUUCAGCCAUGGCUUGGCAAUCAAGUGGCAGAACUCACGAGGAACUUAUAGGAAACCUGUAUAAAAAUCGCGUGAUCCGUUCAUCCAAUGUGAAGGAUGCUAUGAUUGCAGUGGACCGUGGCUUGUUCUCCAAGCAUAAUGCGUACGAGGACCGACCGAUGCCGAUAGGGUUUGAAGCCACCAUUAGUGCUCCCCAUAUGCAUGCCCAUGCUCUGGAGGCGCUCCAUGACAAGCUUGUUCCCGGAGCACAUGCCUUGGAUGUGGGUGCUGGUACUGGCUACCUGACUGCUUGUAUGGCUUUAAUGGUCGGUCCCACUGGUGUUGCUGUGGGCAUUGAACACAUUGAAGAGUUGAGCACUAUGGCGAGGGGAUAUGUAGCCAACUGGCUCGCUCAAAGUCAAGUGGCCAAAAAUAUGGGAAUCGAAAUGGGCAAGCAACUCAAACUGGUCACGGGUGAUGGCCGACAAGGCUGGCCUGAGGACGGACCAUAUGAUGCGAUCCAUGUAGGCGCUGCAGCUGAAACACUUCCACAAGCGCUUAAGGAUCAGUUGAAACCAGGUGGCCGACUUAUUUGCCCCGUGGGUCCAGUUGGCCGUGAUCAAGUCCUCGUGCAGGUGGAUCGCCUCGCUGACGGAUCAUUUCGAACGACCAACUUAAUGGGUGUGAUCUACGUACCCCUAACGGAUCGGGAGCAUCAGCUUCGUGGCAGAAGAUGGCUAGUGUGACAAACAGAUUCACAGUGUUGUCAUGGCCCCAGGCAUUUCCAAGUCAUUUCGUCUAUUUUCAUAUAUAUGAACACAAACGACACUGCGGACAUGUGCAGAUAAUAUACGCUUUCUCAUUUCACUGCUUUCAUCCAUCUGUUACAGAUAUGAAUUGUAAGUUACAUGUAUCAACAGCAUGGACAAAAAAACAAUGUAUGCAUUCUUGUCCCCUGCUACCUGUUCACGACAUCCUCGUAUACCGCACGCAUUUCGUUCUCGUUUUACGUUCAGAGUCUAUAAAACAAAGCCUACUUUUCGAAGAAGUUUGGUUUUGCUUGUGUAAGGUACGCCAGGAAUCCGGUUGUGCUAGGGAUGGUGGACAAUGU